AUGUCUUCUGGGAUGGAGUCUUUAAGCUCCCCGUCCAAGAAUGUGCUUCUGAGGUCUCUUCCUGGGUUAAAGCUUGAAUCGACGCUUUCAUCUCAUCAAGGAAAUAUAGGGGACAUGUCUGACUGCAAUAGACGUCUCUUUGCCUCCGCCCGUAACGAAUGUAAGCGUGUCCUCAACGAUGCUAAGUCACUAUUUGCGGCUCGAAUGAAGGAACACCCCAACAAGGCUAGUGGUGGAGACGGGAUACCAGCCAUUGUCUUGAAGAAAUGCGCGCCUGGACUGGCGCCCGCCCUUUCGAAACUAUACAACUACUGCCUCAAGGAAUCUUGUUUUCUUGACUGCUGGAAGUCUUCUUCGAUCAUUCCUGUCUUCAAGAACUCCGGCGACCCCUCUGACCCUUCCAACUACCGUCCUAUCAGUCUCCUUCCCCUCUUCGGCAAAGUCUUCGAAGCCUUAAUCAAUACCGGGGUGAUUAACCACCUCACAUCCCAUAAUCUGCUCUCAGACAAGCAAUAUAGUUUCCGCUUUGCCCGAUCUACAGCCGAUGUGCUUACAGCCAUCACUGAAACAGUCUACCGAGCUCUCCAAAAUAACGGGGAAGCCCGAGCCGUGGCACUAGACAUCUCCAAAGCAUUUGAUAGGUUUUGGCAUGCCGGCCUUCUUCGCAAGCUCCAGGGUUAUGGCAUUACGUGUCGAUUAUAUAACCUAAUACAAUCAUUCCUGUCAAACCUUGAAUUGAUGGUCGUUCUUAACGGAUUCUCCUCCAGUUCCUAUCCCACGAACGCAGGUGUUCCUCAAGGCUCCAUCCUAGGCCCCACUCUAUUCCUUAUCUACAUAAAUGACCUUCCUGACGCCAUAACUUCCCAAGUUGGCAUCUACGCGGAUGACACCCCAAUUUAUUCCUGCCUCAAAAACAAAUCUAGUCUCGCUGACAAAACUCACCUGACCGUGCGUCUCGAAAAGGACCUCCAAUCGAUUGUGAACUGGGGCAUGAAUUGGCUGGUCAACUUCAACUUUUCUAAGACAAAACUGCUCUCCAUUAAUCACCACAGAGAGCCUUCCCUUCCCUCCAUUAGAAUGUCUGACGCUCAACUUCUCUGCGGCUUCUCGGUCUCACGUUGA